UUGUCCACGACUCCACGUUAGUUGGUUAGUUGUGAUAGUAGCAGAAGUUGAUGUCAAUGUCAGUGUACGGUAGAUUAACAAUUUCAACAUUGUAGAUUGCAUUUGUUGUUGCUCAACGGUCACGCGAUCCGGUAUUUACAGUAAACAAAGUGAAAGGAAGUUUGAGUAAGUUUCUCUGCCUCAACUAAGCUAGUGUUAUUUCCGUAUAGUGCAAUUUUAGCAGAGGCUAACGUAACGCUCUACGAUAUCAGUUUGUUGAUAACCUAAACCCUCUUUAUUUUCUCAUGUCAUAACGUUAUCAUAACUUAUUCGUACUUCAAGUCACGUCAGUGCGCUUGUGAACACGAAGUUGCCUGGAAAUUAGUCUGUUGAAGCAGAAGUAGCCUGUACGCUAACCUGGAAGUACAUUACAGUGUCUUACUGAAAUGGAUGUGCAAGCAUAUUUAAAACGCAUUGGCUACUCUGGGCCCGUCGUGCCAACUUUGGAAACUUUGCAGGAGAUACACCGCUGCCAUAUGCUCGCUGUGCCUUUUGAGAGCCUCACCAUUCAUAGUGGUGGACAAAUUAAAUUGGAACUUCCCUGGCUCUAUGAAAAAAUAGUCUUGCUGCGUCGAGGAGGCUUUUGCUACGAAAACAACGGACUGUUUUCCUGGCUUUUGUCUCAGUUGGGGUUCCAAGUCACUAUCCUCGCAGCCCAUGUGAGAAACCGAUUUACAUGUUUGUACGGCCCCCCUUUUGAUCACUUUGUCAUAAUGGUGACCCUUCAGGGACACAGGUGGCUGUGUGAUGUGGGCUUCGGCGCCUGCUAUGAGCUACCCAUCUCUCUUGAAACACCCAGUCCUCAAAAGCAGGUUCACGGAGUCUUUCAGUUGAGACAUGAAGGAGAUAUGAUCUUUCUGGAGAGCAGUGCAGAAGCACAAGGUGAAGUAAAAGAAGCAACUCCGGGAGGUGGAAGAAGUUGGACACCGCUCUACAAGUUCACCCUCCAGCCUCGACAAUUCGAGGAUUUCAGAAAUAUGUGUGAAUAUCACCAGACCUCCCCCAGCUCUCUCUUCUACUGCAAGUCUCUCUGCUCUCUCCUCUUGCCCCAUGGCAGGAUCACAUACAUGGGUCACAAACUAAUGGUCACCACUUACCCCACAGAAGAGGGAUGCCCAGUGGUAAAGACCACACAAGAUCUAACUGAUGAUGAGAUACCACACUUAUUAAAAGACAAAUUUGGCAUUGAGCUUUCUUCUCCACUCAUUCCAAAGGAUGCAGAUAUUGUGCCACCCUCAGUCAAGUAUUAACAGUGACUGUUCAGAGCUUAACCAAAUAUACAUUAACUGUAUCAGGACAUGCCAUGGUACAGACAAGACAUUAUUGGGAUUGAUGCGCAGAGUUCUUCAUUUUAACAAGACAUUGCUUUGGUAGGCAGUGCCAUCACUCCAGUUCUGACUAUGGAGGCUCUUAGCAAACAUCAGCUGGAAUGAAGCUGUGUUUGAACUGAAUUUAAUUAUACAAACUGAAUUAGUUUUGAUUGGUGUUACUUAACAGACUAUUUGAACUCCUAAAAGAAUGUAGUGUAGGCUGGGUGAACCCUGCCUGACCUGCCGGUGAAUUUGGAUUUCGCACCCGGUAGCUCAGGCUGGAAACCUGCACAUCUAUCUCCCCUGCUUCCUGUCCACAACCUUUGGGUCCAAUCACAAACUAGCUUAUCCUGAAGACGCACCCGGGUUUUUUCUCUCUCCUACUUGAUUUUUUUAGAAAUUAAAUGAACAAUUGUAUUCACUUUCACCUGACUCACUGUCUUUUGUAUCAUGAAACUUUCAAGUAAAAUAUAUGUGUAUGAUGGUGGCAAACAGUAUAUUAGCCCUUUAACACAAAAUAGUGAC